AUGAAGACUUUGCCUACUGUCACGACCUUUGCUGACACUGUUGCUCAAGUCGAGACGAAUGGAGAGGAAGCUUAUGGAGCCUUAAUUGCUCAAGCCGUUGAUGUUCAAGAAAUUGAUGUUGGUUGGACCCGAAGCAAACAGUUGUGGAAGCCUUUAAUGGCUCGAGGUGUUUUCGGUGGCCAGGUUGUAGCACAAGCCCUCAUGGCUGCGGCAAAAACAGUUGAGAGUCAUUUCUCUCUGCAUUCUCUGCAUUCAUACUUCAUUCUGCCCGGUAAUAAUCAAAUGCCUAUUUUGUAUCAAGUGGAACGUCUGAGAGAUGGAAAGACCUAUGCUACCAGAGUGGUUAAGGCAAUGCAACGAGGACGAGCCAUUUUCUCGGCUAGUUUCAGCUUUGCUGUUGCUGAACCUGGUAUCUCUUUUGAUCAUCAAGUUGCUUUCCCAAAGGUUCCUGAACCUGAAUCCUUGCCCUCCGAAGACUUUCGUGUUGAGGAAUUGUUAAACCACCCUGAUCUUGAGAUCCCUGAAAAGUAUCGCACUUACCUCCAACAGCGUCUGCAGGAACAAGCUCCUAUCGACUAUAGAGAUGCUCAUGUUGCCAGUGUUGAGGAGCUUGCCAAACUGACUCCUGUCAAGUCUGAUCGCCAACAGGUAUGGUUUAAGGCUCAAGGUUCCUUGAACGAUGACCCUGUCCUUCACCAGGCUGUUCUUGCCUAUGCUUCGGACGCCAACCUUUUGCACACAGCUGUUCGAACCUCUGGUUUGGCUCGCACCGAAAUCGGUAUGAUGGCUAGUUUGGAUCACGCCAUGUGGUUCCACGCUCCUUUCCGAGCUGAUGAAUGGCUCUUGUACGAUAUGGACUCUCCUCGUGCUAGCUCUGGCCGUGGUCUGUGCUUUGGCCGUAUCUUCCGACGAGAUGGAACUCUAGUUGCGACCACAGCACAGGAAGGUAUCAUUCGAUUGAGCCUUCGUGAGCAAGAAAAGCGACGCCAAAAGGCGAAGAAGGAGAGCAAGAUCUGA